AUGAAAGAAACAGGAAAGACUCUCCAAACGGGAAGAGGCGGCGAUAGUAAUGCAUCAGUAACAAUCGUGGAACGAGAUGAAUGUACGAAUAUUGUCGAAAGCAUAAAUGCGAGGGAACGAGCAAUUUUAAUAUACCAGUGGUACUUGCUUGUCAAUGUGAAUGAAGGAGAAGAUGUUCACGGAAUUCUCACCCUGGGAGAACAGUCAGGUCUGGCCUUAGAUCUUUAUCUGUCUGAUGUCUCUUCUUCUUCUUCGUCUUUCUCCUCUCCAGAUGAUGAUGAUUAUGAUGAAGAAAUGGACGACCCUGGUCCACCAGCAGGUCAAAGCUUUAUUUGA